GAGCGGACAGUGGGAUGGCGGGGAAGUGGUGAAAUGGAUGUGUGUUGAGUACAAGCUUGCUGCUGCCGGCCGCCGGGAGUGUGGCGACCAGGAACAGCGUGCGGACGGCUGUAUUUAAAUAGCGGGGUGGCGUUUAUUUGCAGCCAGCCUCUCGCCAGCCCUGGUGUGUAGGCGGAAGUUGCACAGCCACCCGAGGGUGUUCCUGCUCUUCGCUGUCAUUCCCCGUCUGCCUGUGAGCCGGGGGUUCACUCCGUGCCGGAGCUCCACACGCUACAAAUCUGUGUGGGCUCAGGGAGCAGGAGGAGCUCGCUUCCAACACCCUCCAGCCGCGGGGACCAUCCAGACCGAGAUCCGGAUGAGCCGGGCUCACGGACGGCCGCACUGACUGUGAAGCCGGGCUGCCCUCUCUCGGCGAUUACUCCCGGACCCUCGCCGCGGACACUCGAGAAGAUGGGCAACAGUUUCUCCAACGUCUCGGCUUUCCAGUCGCUACACAUCGUCAUGCUGGGGCUGGACUCGGCGGGGAAGACCACCGUCUUGUACCGGCUGAAAUUCAACGAGUUCGUCAACACCGUUCCCACCAUCGGCUUCAACACGGAGAGGAUCCGCUUGGGCAACGGCUCGGCCAAGGGCAUCAGCUGCCACUUCUGGGACGUGGGCGGCCAGGAGAAGCUGCGGCCCCUCUGGAAGUCCUACAGCCGCUGCACCGACGGCAUCAUCUACGUGGUGGACUCGGUGGACGUGGAGAGGCUGGAGGAGGCUAGGAGCGAGCUGCACAAGAUCACCAGGAUCUCGGAGAACCAAGGCACUCCGCUGCUGGUGAUCGCCAACAAGCAGGACCUGCCCAAGUCGCUGCCGGUGUCCGAACUAGAGAAGCAACUGGCGCUGCACGAACUCAGCCCGUCCACCACCUGGUAUGUCCAGCCGGCCUGCGCUAUCAUCGGCGAGGGGCUGCACGAAGGCAUGGACAAGUUGUGCGAGAUGAUCGUAAAGAAGAGGAAAGCCCUGCGGCAGAAGAAGAAGCGGUGAUUGCUGAACGGACAGAGGACUCGGCAUUCGGCUCACUCUGAAUGCACACAUACAAGCACACACACAUUUAUCCAAGCCAACUCGAUAAGUCACCCACCAACUGAUUGCACUGGCAGAAUCAUUGGCAGCGAGACCCGAGUGAACAGUGCCGAGUACCCCGGGGACCGGCUGCAAGCAGCGAGGGGGAGAGGUGGGUGGAUGAGACUUCUCCUUCAACCUUCUGCUUUGCUCAACCGGGUGGACACGGGGCGAGGAACUUUCUACGCGAGGGGCGCAGGACGUUCGCGGUCUCCAUCCACUCGGGUCUUCUGCUUGGGAAUGGGCUGGCGACCCUCCACCGCCCCGCGGCUAACCUCUCCCUGCUCCGCCCGGCAAGUGUUGGAAGGAACGGCUCCAAGCUGUUUUUAGGGAGAUGGUGUGGAGAAGCUCAAGGUCCGACGAAUGAAGGCAAGGAAAAAGAGGAUGUUAUUGAACGGAGCUGGUGCAGAAAGUAAAAUUGUAACCCCAGUCCUGACCCGAGGCUUCGCGUUGCUGCCUUUUUGAUUGUACCCUCUUAAGUUUAAUACUUUCUAGCCGAAUAUUAUAAGCUGAAAUAGGUAAGGCUGGCCCUCACCUUUAUGUAGUUUAGGUACUGUAUUUAUCUGCAUGUCUUUGACCGUCAGGAUGAAUGAUUAUCUUGGGAUAAUAAAGAACAACCUUGUGAUAAAAAAAAGGACCAUGUGGUGCUUUUUGUCCUUCGCAGAGGUCAGCUCUUGUCUUGUUAUUUUUAAAUUCGCCGGCUUGUCCUAAUUUCAUGCUCUCGCUCCAGAUUCUUCCUCUGUUAUGUACCACAUUACCUCACUGGAGCAGCGCCAGAAUACCCCCCCCCCCCCCCCCCCCCCCACCCCCCUCCUCAGAUUAGUGCAAAUUAACUAUGUAUAAUGACAAUAGAAAUUACAUGUUGUUAGUGCAUUGUAUUUAUUGUGUUUUUUUAAAUGUAAUGUUCCAUGGAAUGAGUAAAUUACGUACAUUAGCUUGUGCGCACAUUCCUACAUACUCCACACGGGCGUUUAAAUAACGUUGAAUUUUGUGCACAGACGCUCAGAACAUGGUCCAAUGAUUUUAUUAAAUAUUAGAUCUGCAAAAUAAUUGCUAUCACCAUACAUAGAUAUGGUGCUCUAUUUUUUUUAAAUAAAUAACUAUGACAAGAUUCGCAUAUAUUUGAUGAG